CGUCCUCGGAUGCUGCGGGCAGAAGGAAGUCAUGGCUGGGAUACCCGCACCGAACAGCUACAGAAAACAGAGUGGCGGCCCGGCGGCUCUCCCUGGUCUGUCCCGGGCCACGGAGAACCCUCCGAGCAAGCGGGCCCGGAGCUUCUCUGAGACCACAGUCCCGGACCCUGAAGACCCAUUUGGCGCGCACGCGGAAUUUACCGCGGACGACCUAGAGGAGCUCGACAUCCUCGCGUCACAGGCCCUGAGCCAGUGUCCAGUCGCGCCUCGGAACCUGCCCAGUGCUCCUCAUAAGGUCUGCCGAUUAGAUGGGUUAUCAAAUAGUCCUGUAAGGAAAAACAGAGAAAAUGCUCCAGUUAAAGAGGAUUUUGAACUAGAAGUACUUCAGGCACAAUACAAAGAACUUAAAGAAAAGCUGAAAGCAAUGGAAGAAGAAGUCCUACUCAAGAAUGGAGAGAUUAAAAUUUUGCGUGACUCACUGCACCAGACAGAAUCUGUUUUAGAAGAGCAGAGGAGAUCACACUUACUUCUUGAGCAAGAGAAGACUCAAGCGCUCAGUGAAAAAGAAAAGGAGUUCUCCAAAAAGCUCCAAUCUUUGCAGUCUGAACUCCAGUUUAAAGAUGCAGAAAUGAAUGAGUUAAGAACGAAGAUUCAGAGCAAUGAGCGAACAAAUAAAGUAGCUGCCCCCUCUGCUUCCCACACCAGCCCUAGGAAAGGCUCUUCUGUGGUUACAAAGUCAGAAGCAUGUUCUCCACACACUGGAAAAACAACUUUCCCUACAAAGGAGUCUUUUAGUGCUAACAUGCCACUCUCCCACCCCUGCCAGACAGAGGCAGAGGACAAAUUUCUGGUGGGCCAAGAGGUUUCAGAUAAUAAAACCCACAGUCUGCGAGAGAAUGCCAUGAAGCCAAAUGUGCAGGAGAAAAUCCCUACUGACAGCUGGGUGCAGAGAUCACACACUCAAGGUUCUGUUUUGAUAAACUUGCUCCUGAAGCAACCGUUGGUCCCUGGGUCAUCUCUAAGUCUUUGCCACCUUCUGAGCAGUUCUUCUGAGGGCCCUGCUGGCACCCUCUUGCAGCCACCAGGUCUCAGUAACUUGGCUGGGAUUUCAGGCCUCCGAACUGUCAGUUCUCGGGAUGGGUCAUUUUCCCCUUCUGCCCUGAGAGAAGCACAGGCCUUGGCAUUCACUGGAUUACAUCUGGUUGCCAGGAGUGAGAGCUCACAUGAUGGAGACCUAACAAAGGGGAGCAGAAGAGUCUUCCCACUCAGCCAGCUUCCUGGAGCUGUGCACCUCCUCCCUCUUGUACAGUUUUUCAUCGGUUUACACUGCCAGGCUUUGCAAGACUCAGCCCCAGCUAAGAAGAGUGGGGCACCCGGGGACUCCCCGACACCCUCCCCUUGCAUGAGCUCUGGGAUUGAGGCCAGCCCAGAGGACUCCACUUAUAGCCUGGAAGGCUUCUCUGUAGCUUCGCUUAGCAUCCUUCAGCACCUGGUGUGCCACAGUGAGGCAGUCGUCUGCCUGUUACUGUCAGGCAUGGACACAGAUGCUGCUGCGGCCAGGAAAGGAAACCUACCUCAGCCUUGUGCAGAUACGACCUCAGCCACCAGGAAGGAUGUUCAUGACCAAAAACAGCAUCCACUAUUGAAGAUGCUUCUACAGCUGCUGGCUUUCUCCUCUACAACAUCAGGUCAUUUUCAAGCCAGUGUCCUGAGCCAGUGCCUCAAAGUUUUGGUGACAUUAGCUGAAAAUGCUUCCUCUGAUUUCCUGCCCAGGUUCUCCUGUGUGUUGCCCGUGUUGCCACAGUGCCUCAGCUCAGAGCUGCCACUGCUUUGUGUGCUGUUGGCUGUGAAGCUGCUCUCUGUUCUGGUGGACCAUGACAGCCUUGCGCAGCAGCUGUGCUCCCACUCAGAAGGCUGCCUUCUCCUGAGGCUACACAUGUACAUUACAUCAAGGCCUGACAAAGUGGCCUCAGAGGCACAGUGGCUACAGCUGGAACAAGAGGUAGUAUGGCUCUUGGCCAAGCUGGGUGUGCAGAGCCCUUCCCGCCCUGGCAUUGGUUCUGACUGCCAGUGCAACAUGGAGGCAGUCAGAGCGCUCACCGUGAUGUUGCACAGACAAUGGCUGACUGUGCGGCGGGCAGGGGGUCCAAGGACGCACCAGCAGAAGCAGACAGUACGCUGCCUGCGGGACACUGUGCUGCUGCUGCACAGCCUGUCUCAGAAGGACAAGCUCUUUACUGUGCAUUGUGUCGAGGUCCUGCACCAGUAUGACCAGGUGAUGCCAGGAGUCAGCAUGCUGAUUCGAGCCCUUCCUGACGUGACUGACUGUGAAGAGACAGCCCUGGAUGACCUGUGUGCUGUGGAGACAGAUUUGGACGACUCUGAAAUGGACUGUAGCUGAGGGCCUGAGCAUCCAGCCACAUGGUGGCACCAGCUCCCACCGCUGUCUUUGCCAUUUCCACUGAUUAAAACUGCAACUCC